AUAUACCUUGAUAGAUAACAAGUCAGUAUCAGUAGCAAAAACAUCGAGCAGCAGCCCAAAACCUCAGUUAUGCAAACUUUACUCUCGCCGGUGCCUCGCUCCGCCGGCGCAUCUCCGUGGCUGCCGCUUCCGGCGAAACCCUCACGGCCGUACAUCCACCGCCCCCCUCCACAGACUCUCCUCUUGAACCACACUCCCAAUCUCCCUUCUUCUCUCUCCUCAUUUUCUCUCUCUUCUCGAACAGGUCAUCAAUUUCUCUCCCCUUCAACGUCGCCUCAUACUGUUGCCCCCAGUAACCGAACACCACCUCUAGCCGCUGCACCGACUUCGACAGCUUAUGCUUCCCCGAAUGACGACUCCGAAAAGGCCAAACUCGCUCAGGUUGCAAAGAGAUUAGAGAAUACUUCAAGGUAUUUCAAGAGGUUGGGAAGUCUAGGAUUUUGGGGACAGCUGGUGUGUACUAUCGUGGCUGCUGUGAUCCUUUCGUUUUCUAUUGUUAUUACUGGGAAGAUCACAUCUCCUGUGACAUUUUAUGCUACUACUGGUGCAAUUGCAGCCGCGUUCAUUUCAGUGUUUUGGUCAUUUGGGUAUAUUCGUUUGUCUGACAGGCUUCGAAGAACUGCCAGUGAUCCUUCAAAGGCUCCUCCUCGUGCUGAAGUGGUGAAAAGCUUGAAAAACGGCAUAGUAGUGAACCUUUUGGGAAUGGGUGCUGCUAUUCUCGGCAUGCAAGCCACGGUAGGCUUGUUGGUGGCAAAGGCUCUUACUUCUUCAGCCAAUCCUUAUUACCAGGGAGUAUCACCUGGGUACAGCCCUGUUCUUGCAUUGGAUGUAUUCUUAGUGCAGGCAUCGGCAAACACCAUCCUUUCUCAUUUCCUGGGGCUUGUUUUCUCACUGGAGCUCUUACGGUCAGUGACAUUACCACCUUCAGAAAGCAUUCCAGUUCCAAGGGUUGCGUGAGCUCCUCCACCUUACUGGGUGGUUGAAAUUGUGUAGUCUGAGAACUGCAGAUGAAAACCAUGUUACAAUCAUAGUUGUGAAUGAAACAGGUGCACACAUUUCUACAUCAUAGUGUUGUAAACUUCAAGCUUCGAAUUGCUAUUCCAAGAUUCUACAACCCAAAUUGUUAGUGUAAUUUGAUAUGUUUUUAGUAGCGUGUUUGAGAGUUCAAUUGAACUAAAGCUUCCCAACAGAAACAGGUAUGGUCUUGACCAGAUUAUGCUUUCCAUUUCCCGGGAAUAUGGGUAAUAAAAAUUCUUGUUUUUUGA